UGAAAAGUGGGUGAAGACUGGUAGUAUAAAUGAGACAAAUCGCAGUGCUGCCUUCCAUUGCGCCGUUUUCUUCUACUUUCAUCUCAUUUCGCUCUCUCUCUCUACCCACCACUACCAUCAACCGUCUCUCUCUCUUCCGCUUCCGCUUCAGAACAAUGGCAUCCCACAUUGUUGGAUAUCCUCGUAUGGGACCAAAGAGAGAGCUCAAGUUUGCAUUGGAAUCCUUUUGGGAUGGGAAGAGUACUGCUGAUGAGUUGCAAAAAGUGGCCGCUGAUCUAAGGUCAUCCAUCUGGAAGCAGAUGGCUGAUGCUGGGAUCAAAUAUAUUCCUAGCAACACCUUCUCAUACUACGAUCAAGUACUAGAUACCACUGCAAUGCUCGGGGCUGUUCCCACUAGAUAUGGUUGGAAUGGGGGUGAGAUUGGGUUUGAUGUCUACUUUUCCAUGGCUAGGGGAAAUGCUUCUGUUCCUGCUAUGGAAAUGACUAAGUGGUUUGACACCAACUACCACUACAUUGUCCCUGAACUAGGACCAGAUGUUAAAUUCUCUUAUGCUUCUCAUAAGGCGGUGACUGAAUUCAAGGAGGCCAAAGCUCUUGGAGUUGAUACAGUCCCAAUCCUUGUAGGCCCUGUGUCCUACUUGUUAUUAUCAAAACCAGCAAAGGGUGUUGAAAAGUCAUUUUCUCUUCUCUCACUGAUAGACAAGAUUCUUCCAGUCUACCAGGAAGUUGUGGCUGAACUGAAGGCAGCUGGGGCUACCUGGAUUCAGUUUGAUGAGCCCACUCUCGUGAUGGAUCUCGGUUCUGACAAAUUGCAAGCAUUUACUCAUGCUUACUCCAAGUUGGAGUCAUCCCUAUCUGGUCUAAAUAUUCUCAUUGAGACGUACUUUGCUGAUAUUCCUGCCGAGGCAUACAAAACACUCACAGCAUUGAAGGGAGUCACUGGUUUUGGGUUUGAUUUGGUUCGUGGAUCAAAAACCCUUGACUUAAUCAAAGGUGGAUUCCCUUCAGGAAAAUAUCUUUUUGCUGGAGUGGUGGAUGGAAGAAACAUUUGGGCCAAUGACCUUGUUUCUUCCCUCAGUACCUUGCAGGCUCUCGAGGGCAUUGUGGGGAAAGAUAAGAUUGUGGUCUCUACCUCCUGCUCACUUCUUCACACUGCGGUUGAUUUAGUGAAUGAAACUAAGUUGGACAAAGAGAUUAAGUCAUGGCUUGCAUUUGCUGCACAAAAAGUAGUUGAAGUCAAUGCCUUGGCAAAGGCAUUGUCUGGUCACAAGGAUGAGGAAUUCUUCUCCGCUAAUGCUGUGGCUCAGAGUUCGAGAAAAUCAUCACCAAGGGUGACAAACGAGGCUGUUCAAAAGGCCGCUGCUGCUUUGAAGGGCUCUGACCACCGCCGUGCUACUAAUGUGAGUGCUCGGUUGGAUGCUCAGCAGAAGAAGCUGAACCUUCCGAUUCUUCCAACCACCACUAUUGGAUCAUUCCCUCAAACCAUGGAGCUUAGGAAAGUCCGGCGUGAAUACAAGGCUAAAAAGGUCUCCGAGGAAGAGUAUGUUAAGGCUAUAAAGGAGGAAAUCAACAAAGUUGUCAAGCUCCAGGAAGAGCUUGACAUUGAUGUUCUGGUACAUGGAGAGCCAGAGAGAAACGACAUGGUUGAGUAUUUUGGGGAGCAGUUAUCUGGAUUUGCCUUUACUGUCAAUGGGUGGGUUCAAUCUUAUGGGUCCCGUUGUGUCAAGCCACCAAUAAUCUAUGGUGAUGUAAGCCGCCCCAAAGCAAUGACUGUCUUCUGGUCGUCAAUCGCUCAGAGUAUGACUCAGCGCCCAAUGAAGGGAAUGCUCACUGGUCCCGUUACCAUUCUGAACUGGUCUUUUGUUAGAAAUGAUCAGCCUAGAUUCAAGACUUGCUAUCAGAUUGCUUUGGCCAUCAAGGAUGAGGUUGAAGAUCUCGAGAAAGCUGGUAUUAAUGUCAUUCAGAUUGAUGAGGCCGCUUUGAGAGAAGGUUUGCCUCUUAGGAAGUCUGAACAAGCUUUCUACUUGGAGUGGGCCGUUCACUCCUUCAGGAUCACGAAUUGCGGUGUAACAGACACUACCCAGAUCCACACCCACAUGUGCUACUCACACUUCAACGACAUUAUCCACUCCAUUAUAGACAUGGAUGCAGAUGUGAUCACCAUCGAGAACUCAAGGUCAGAUGAGAAGCUUCUUUCUGUGUUCCGUGAGGGAGUGAAGUAUGGUGCUGGAAUUGGCCCUGGUGUGUACGACAUCCACUCACCGAGGAUCCCAUCAGCAGAAGAAAUUGCUGACCGGAUCAACAAGAUGCUUGCGGUCCUUGAGAGAAACAUCCUUUGGGUCAACCCUGACUGUGGCCUGAAGACACGGAAGUAUCCUGAAGUCAAGCCAGCGCUUAGCAACAUGGUUGCCGCUGCUAAGCUACUCCGCACCCAGUUGGCCAAGUGAGUUCUGUAAGAAAAACCAUAAAAAAAUAUGCUUUGCAUGUGAGGAAGAUGAGGAAGAACAUGGGAAUUUCCUUUUGUAUCUCAAAUAAUCCAUGGUCUUUUUGUUGAGGUGGUGGUGAGCAUAUUUUGUUUGUUAUGGGGUAUUAAGGCCUCUCUUAUAAGCUCUCGUCAUUUUUCUUCUCUUGUAUAAGUAUGGUUAUUUUCUGUGUUUUUUGUAUUCAUCAGUGUACCUAGCCUCUUGUGAGAAUGUGAGAGGGAGAGGGACCUGAGAAAUGAAAGCCAAUUUAAAGCAUGUGUUACAUUGUAA